AACUGUAACACACAUGAUUUAUGAUAAUAGCUUAACAAACUCCGAUGAAGACGGGAAGGAGCAAAAAUAAAAUUGAGAAAGCGGAAAUAGAGAGAAAGGAAGAUCGCAGAUUUUCGUCAUCGCUGGUGCAGAUCAACGUAGUAGAUUCUCUUCAGUUCGUGCUUCAGGAGUUCCAUAGUUGUUGGAGCUGAACCACUUACAUAUGGCGAGGAUCAAACCACAAGCUUUAUUGCAACAAAGCAAGAAGAAGAAAAUUCCCAGUCGUUUUGGCACCCUUACAAUCAUUCUAUAUUCUCUAAUUGUUGUUGUGGCGGUCUAUUUCCUGUAUUCUACGUACAUACAUUGGUCUCAAAGGUCAGUAAUUCAAACAGAUGGAAUUAUAUCAGGUGUUGAGGGUGAUGCUGCAUUUACUGGUUCAAAUAAAUCAAAUAUUCCCAAAUAUGCAAUUUUAAGCACUUCAAAGGGUUUAGUAACAGUGGAGCUGUAUAAGGAUGGUUCACCUGAGGUGGUUGAUGAAUUUAUCGUUUUAUGUCAGAAAGGACACUUCAAGGGGAUGCCUUUUCAUCGUGUAAUUAAGAACUUUGUGAUUCAAGGAGGUGACUCAAAUGAACCUGGUGCUACAGAAGAUUGGACUACUAAAGGAAAACAUAACAAUCAUCUUGACUCAAGCUUGAAACACGAAGCAUUUAUGCUUGGUACCUCUAAGGUGAAACCUGGCAAAAAGGGUUUCGAGCUUUUCAUUACAACCGCCCCAAUCCCAGAUCUAAAUGAAAAGUUGAUAGUUUUUGGGCAAGUCAUCAAAGGUGAAGAUAUUGUGCAGGAAAUUGAGGAGGUGGACACAGAUGAACACUAUAAACCUAAAUCCCCUAUUGGUAUUAUCAACAUUAGCCUAAAAGAGACAGUUUAAUAUCGAAGAAGAUGAUUUCAGUUGUUUGAAGGGAUUUCUUUUUGUAUGGCUGAUGAGUUAUGACCGACAAUCUCAUGAAGAGUGCCACCGUAGAAGUUCGAACCUUUUCUGUGGGAGUUGUGGCUGGAUUAAUUUAUUUUUGUUAUCGAUGGAGGUUUGCUCACUCACAUAACCAUUUGUAUAUUAUUAUUGGAGCCAGAGCUAUUUCCAACUAGAUGUAUUGCUAUAUAGGUGCUACAUUGUUUUUGGAGUUGGAAUUCAAAAAAAAGGAAGAUGAAGAAGAAGAUUGGGUUAAGUUGUGUUCACUUUUUUUCCAUUUAUGUGAGGUUUCAAUGUGAAAUGAUACAAAUAAUCAUAUGA